UGCAUGAUAUGGCGAAUCCUCCAAUUAUAUAUCAUGAUUUAAAAUCCUCAAAUGUCUUGUUAAAUGAAGAUAUGAACCCAAAACUAUCUUAUUUUGGAUUAUCUAAGUUUUUUGGAGACAAAAUGCCCAUGCAAUCAAGGGCGAUGGAGACUUAUGGAUAUUGUGCGCCUGAGUAUUCAGGAUUAGGUCAGCUCAUCAGCAAAGCAGAUGUCUAUAGUUUUGGAGUUGUUUUGCUUGAGCUCAUCACCGGACGAAGAGCUUCAGACACUACAAGACCAAUUGAUGAACAAAACCUAGUUACUUGGGUAGCAGGAAGUCAGUGUUCUCAUCAAGCAACAAAAGCAGCAGGAAAUCACAUGACAGCAACAGCAGCAAGGAGUCACAUGAAGAAAGUGCUUCUCUACGCCGCAAAAACACUAAGAAGUCUAAGGCGGAGGGCAGCCGAAGAUCAAAGGAUGGUAAAGCUCCAAUUGAUCGAAAUAGUAGCAGAGAAUCAUAUGAUGGAAGUGAAUGCUCAAGCUCAAACAGGAAAAGCAGAAGGAGAUUCCGAAAACGAAGUGCUUCUCAUGAGAGCAACAGCAAGGAAAGUCCUCGCAUAGAUCGCAAUAGCAGCAAAGGAUCACAAGAGGGAAGUGUACAUUCAUCAUGAGAACCUCCAUCCACAUUCCAUUUCCACCCCUGACCAUGCUUGCUUAUAUUGCCUUUGCAAUUUACGAAGAUUUGGGUAGGCAGUAUGAUUGGCUAUAUGUUUUGCUCCAAAUGCAAACUGGAAAAUUUAAGUUUUUUUUUCUCUUCAUUUUUUUUCAUUUCAAUGUUUUGAUCUGUGUCUUCACAAACGGAGAAACCUCCCUUAUAUUGAUUAGUUCAAAUCAAAUACAAAGCCAUUUGAGAAACUUUGCGUCUGUGUGCUCUUUGGGGGAAGAGAAGCUGAGAAAGUGAUUAUGUAUGGCUUGGUGGAACUAAAUGAGGAAGAAUGUUAUCAUAAAUGUCAUAUGAAUUA